UUUUGUGAAAAAUGAGUUAAAACAUCCGCUACAAACUAUCAGUGUGAUAUUUUGAAACCUGUUUUCAAGCCUCUAAAUGAUACUCCGUUUGGAGGAAGUAAUUGAAUCCAGCUCGCUAGGCCAGGUCAACUCAGCAAUGGCUGCAAAAGAACAUUCAUCUCUGCCUCGGAUUGGUCCUCAGGAAGCCCUGAUCUCAACCCACUUGAUUAUCGGCUUUGGUCCAAACUUUAGAAGAUGGCAUGCCAGAGAGCACACCCUAAAUUGGUUAGCCUCAAACAAUCUUUGGUCCAAGCAGUUGAGCGCUUUCCUCAAGGAGUGCUGCGUGCUGCUAAUGAUGACUGACCACGGAGAUUAA